GGCAGGCGCCGCGGGAAGCGGGGCCAUAGAAGGGCCGCUGGCGCGCGCAGACGCUGCGGCAGACGCUGACGGCGCAGGCAGACUCGGUCGACAGGCACAAUGAGAGGUCCUGGAGGGCUCAUCCUGCCCCUGCUCCUGAUCCUCCUGGCUGUCUUCUGCUCCACAGGUUUCAGCCUCAACUGUUACAACUGCUUGAACCCAGAUGUUCCGUGCAAGAUAAAUGUCACCUGUGUACCCAACCUUGAUGCUUGUCUCUUUGUUGAAUCUGACAAGCAAGUAUAUCAACAGUGUUGGAGGUUCUCGGACUGUAAUUCCAGAUUCAUUUCGACCAGACUAGGAUUGUCCAACUUAAAGUACAGGUGCUGCCAGAAAGACAUGUGUAACGCUAAGUUGGAAGAAAAUGAGGAAAAAGGGGCUGCCCCCUUCCAAGAGAAGAUGUCACUGCUGACCACCUUGGUUCUGGUAGCCGGCUGGAACCUUUGUCUCUAAGUCAUCACCAAGAGGGACAAGUCACCAGGAGGGACAUUCUUAAACUCCUCCCUUCUGUAACUUCCCCUUUUCCCUUGCUGUUGUUGCUACUGCACUUCAAAGCCUUUAUUGUUUUCCAGUUGGAUUCUAUUGGGAAAUAAUAAAAUUCACAUGGAUACCUUGGAUAAGA